GACCAGUAGAGGAGGGAGAAAAGCGAGGAAAGAGGAGGAUGGGCGAGCAAGCAAGCAAGCUCUGUUUCAGCUCGGCCGAGUCUUGCUGUUUCUUGAUCGAUCACGAGGGGACCAUCCAAAUUUCCUCCUCCCCUCCCACGUUACGCGCCGCAUCCUCGUGGUACAGUAGCACGACGCGUCAUAUUCUCUCCCAGUAUAUAUUCCGGCGCUGUCCAGAAUCCGCAUUCGCGACGAGCACACAUCUCUGAAGCGAUUUAGGAGACGAGUAAUAAAGUUGUGCGUUAGCCGAAUACAACUGCGAAUAACAGAAGCCACCGUCCCCAGUGCUUUCCGUCGUCCGUCGAUCAUAAUGGCCUCUCGAGAAAACCACCCUUUGCCGAGCCUCCUCCGCGAGCAUUCCGCGCGACGUGCGUCCCAAUCACGAGCUUACCCCCACCGCGCGCGAUGCGGCCGCUUCCAACGCCGCGGGGACUCAAGGGCCACCUGCGUUCCCCUCCUGGUGCUGCUGGUCUCGCUGCCGACAACUCUGCUCCGCCCGACCACUGCGUCCCCCCCCGAUGUCUCCGCGCUCUACACUGUCCGUCUUCGCUCCGCGCCGUCCGUCGCCUCCUACCGCGGCGGAUUGGCCGGCUACCCGGCAACGGCCGUCUGGGAUAGCGACCCUAACGCCAACGCGACGGAUGCCUCGUCAGAUGACGCCGCCAAUUCCGCACCCGCUCCCUCCUCCUCUUCCUCCUCCUCGUCCUCGGCCUUAAGUAGCGGUGGCGGCGUUGGGAUCGCGUCUGUGGCUUCUGUUACCGCUGCUGCUGCUGCUGCCACUAACGGUCUAGGGAGGCUUGGCCGUCUGAUUCGCCGGCCGCGUUUGAACGUGAAGGCGCCGGCCGUGAGGGCGUUCAAGCAGCUGCUGCAGCGCAUGCAGCAGGCCGUGGUGCAGGACAGCGGGGUGGACGCUGGAAAAGUGGUCUACAGCUUCAAGCACGCGUCCAACGGCUUCUCAGCGACCCUCACCCCAGCCCAGGUGCAGAGGAUGAAGCGCCACCCGUCAGUGGCGUCCGUGACCCGCGCGCGCGUCGUGCGCCCCGCCACCACCGACUCGUACAAGUUCCUCGGGCUGCCCGACUCGCUGUGGGCCGCUGCUGGCUCGCCCAGUGACGCUGGCGACGGCAUGGUGGUUGGGAUCGUGGACACAGGCGUGUGGCCCGAACACCCUUCCUUUGACGACACGGGCUUCAGCAGCACUCUCCCCAGCGGUUGGUCGGGCACGUGCCCCACCACAAACGACUUUACCUGCAACAACAAGAUCAUCGGAGGGGGCGUGUUCCACGAUGGCUUUGAGAGCGGCAGCACCACGGUGGACCUCUCCUCUGAUUGGAUGUCUCCGCGAGAUGCCGCGGGCCACGGCACGUGGUGUGCGAGUGCUUCUGCGGGCAACAACGGAAUUACAAUCCCCAAUAAAGGUAGUGCGAGCGGCAUGGCACCGGGGGCACGCCUGGCGAUCUACAAGGUGUUUUGGCAGUCGGGGGGCAGCAUGUACGCCACCAGUCCCGACAUCGUUGCAGCCGUUGAUCAGGCCGUCGCGGACGGUGUGGAUGUGCUCUCGCUGUCGCUGGGAGGAGCCAGUCCCUACGACACGUACUUUGACGACGUGCCGUUCAUCAGUGUCAAUGCGGCUGGGGUGUUCGUGGCCUUCGCAGCGGGCAAUGAGGGCCGGCCGUCAGCCUUUGCCGCCACGGGCUAUCGCACGCUCUGCAACUUCUCACCCUACUACAUGACCGUGGGGGCCAGUACCAUAGUCCGCGGCGGUGCGUCCCUCACUUCAAAAUCAACAGCAGCAGCAGCACUGGAGUCUCCAACCAACAGCACGGCCCCCACAACCACAACUACCUCGCCAUCCUCAUCAUCAGCAUCCACCGUCUCUACGCUCAGCGGCGCGCGCAUCCCCGCCGCCAUCUCCCCAUCCACCUCCUCCGCCCCGGUCGUCGCCUACUUCUCCUCCACCGGCCCCCUCGCCAAGCCCUGGGGCUCCGCCCCCGCCGCCUACCCCUCCAACACCAUCUUAAAGCCCGACAUCUUAGCCCCGGGCGUUGAGCUCUACGGCGCUGCUCCGGGGAGUACGGUCGGCAAUACAGGCGGGUUCCAGCAGCUUUCAGGCACCUCCAUGGCUACACCCCAUAUUGCCGGUAUCGCUGCGCUGAUCAUCCAGCAGCAUCCUGAUUGGACGCCGUCGCAGGUCAUGUCUGCUAUGCAGACUACAGCGCGGACUACUAGUCUUAGUGGUGGGGCGAUUAAAAACGAGUAUGGGGCCGCUGCGACGCCGUGGGAGGCGGGAGCGGGGCAUGUGGUGCCUGCUAGGGCGGUUGACCCCGGGUUGACCUAUGAUGCCGGGGAGCAGGACUUCAAAAACUUUCUCGCCGGGCAGAACCUGAACAAGGCACGGGGCGAAUUCGGGUCAGCUUCGCUAAAAGCUGUUGCGGCAAAGAAUCUGAAUCGGCCAGCUAUCUCGCUGCCCAAAGUAAACAAGAAGGCGAAAGUUACACGGACCGUCACAAACGUCGCGGAUACUACAUCGACCUACACGGUUAAGAUCAAGAAGCCUGCUGGAGUGAACGUGAAAGUGUCCCCAUCAAGGUUCACAAUCGCCCCUGGGCAAAGAAAGACCUUUACCGUGACAGUGGUGGUGAAAUGGGCGUCAAGCUCUUUCAAGUUUGGCAGCCUAACGUGGGUGGAUGACCAGGGGCACUCUGUGCGCUCCGUGUUGGCCGUGCAGCCCACCACUGCAUGCUGGUUUGGCUGCUAGUAUGGUAUACGUAUGCAGAUGUACUGUGUAUACACCGGGGUAUAGUUAGGGCGGAUUCCUACAAAGUUGGAUCCGGCGAAGUUGGAUCCCUCCAGCACGAUACAGUGCAGUGCAAUCGUCGAAAAUGUGCAAUCUGUGAGGUUCGAUUUUGUAGCGGUGAAACUAGAUCCAACUUUGCUGGAUCCUACUUCAUAGGAAUCUGCCCUUGGUUCUAUAACUAUUUCGCUCUUAAAAUAUUUCAUUGAGAAAGCUUGCUUUCAUUGUAGCAAUGAUA